AUGAGCAAUAGACUUUCAUCACUUUACCGCACGAAAUCCAACGAUACAACACACAAUGAGCAACAGUCGAAUCAUUCAGCACUAUCCACAACAAUCAAUAAUGGUACACGAACAAAUGGCCUUCGCAAGUUGGAAUCACACUCCAAGGACCUUUCAUUACAUGAUAUAAGCAUGAAUACGUCUCACUAUGAUCGAACCCAUAGCCACAACUCAUUAACAAUUUUUAAGCUGCAGGAUGCCGAUGACGUCGUUGAUUGGAUUGACAGUAUCAAAUCACGUUAUGAAAACUUGAAAUCAAAGCAGCGACAGGAGCUAAGCGAGUUGAUACAAAAAAAGCAGGAAGAGGACAUGAAAAGAAAAUUGAAAGUGGAUAUGCAACAAAGACAUUUUGAUGAUGAUUUUGUCAAGUUGGGCAAAUUACUUGCCUAUAGGGAUGCUGUGGAAAAACGGGAAAGAGAAACUACUUUCGCGCUGCGACAUGAAGUUCCAGAGUCUCGGUCUGAAAAAUUACAAUCUUUUCAUCGAUCUUCACUCUGGAAUCAUCAGAGGAACGAAGUUGAUUUAAGUGAUGACGUUGAUAUGAAGGAGUCAAACAAUGAAACUGUGGAACAAGAUGGAGAAGAAUAUGAACAAUCCUCUGAGGAUCAAGAGAUACAGAAAUUAGAAAAUUAUCCGAGUGGCACUAUAGGGCUUGACGAACGUGAAAUGAUUGAAAUCUCGUCUAGUGAAGAAUCGGAGGCGGAGAUAGUGCAUAAUAUGUAUGGCCAAUCACUACAUCCUUCUCGGAAUGAGUAUCAGGAAAACUAUCGCGGCGCCUCUGGGUCAAUUCAAACAUCUCAAGAGUUGUAUGAUUAUGGACACUCCAACUUUAGGAGAAUAGAUCCAUACGGCAGUAAUUUCGCUAACUCGGAUGAUGGACAAGAACGAUAUAGUGCGAGAGAGGAGCAUCUGCAAGAGGGAUUAUACGAGGACGAGCAAUACAGCGACGAGGAGGCUUACUCAGAAGAAGAGGAAGGCUAUUCGUCGAAAGAAUAUGACAACGAUGAUGGGUACAGAGAUAAUGAGGAUUAUAGAGAACAAUACCAACAGGAGAUAGAUAGGGGAUACGAUUACCGAACUGCGAAAGACUAUGCUUACUACACCGAAACAAAUCACCAUCCCCAAGGUUAUUUGGAUUCGCAAGCAAAAAGAGACGAGUCGCAGGAGUCUAGUUUCGAGCCUGUUGUCGAAGAAAUCUCUUCAGAAGAAGCCCAACCUGAUUACGAGAAUACCUCACCAAACAAGGCUGGGGAGGCGAUUGUGCAGCAUGUGCAAGACCUAGAAGAAGAGAAUGGUGGCAGUUACGAACCCGAUGAUGAUGAUGAAUUCAAAUCUAUGAUUCAAGUUGAUGACUAUCAACAUGAUUCUCGAAUGGAGGUGGCUCAAGUUGAUCUGCUGGGUGAAAGUAGUGUCGAUUCAGAGAUCGAGUCAGUGGAAUACACGGAAUACGCAUCGACCGAAGCGAGCUAUUCAAGACAACAUUCUGUUCCUAUCUCAAUUGGUGCUAGAUCAACCUCAUCCUGCUCGCAGUCUGAGCUGGAAAACAUGCCUUCAAAUUUUGAUUCACAAGCAGAAGCAUUCGCGGAUGAGGAGAAUGAAGAAGAUGACGACAAUGACGAAAAAUCACGUGUUUCUGCAAGCACAUACAGUACAUUAGUGGCUUUUGCUUCAAGGGCUCUAAGUGAUAGAUCAUCGCGCAGCUUCAAGGAAUCUCAUGCACAAUCGGGGUACAUGGCUGAUGCCGAAUACACUGAUAACAACCUCGCAAAAGCUUCAAAGGAGGAUGAAAUCGAUUCUGAUGCAACCUCGAAAGAUAAAGAUUUCCGAACCGAAGAGAUGGCCCCUGUUCCGGAUCCAUUUUACGCGCAAGAAUUGAACGAACACCGAAUGAAAGUCAAUGAUUUGGAUGAAAACAGAUCCGAAGGUUCUUUAGCUGACGAGAGUCAAUUUGAAUCACAUAAAAGUGAUUUCCAUGUUGACAGACGAGAGGAACCUGAUAAUGUUGCCGACACUAACGCACAAAAAGAGAUUGUUGUUCUGCAAUCUCAUAAUGGAGAGGUACCUCAAACUGUGUCAGCUCAAACGGAAAUGGCUGAAGCUCGAAUCGGUGAAGUUGAUGACAAAGCCGCAUACCUGAGUGAUGAGAAUCCUCCAGCGCCGAUAUUCAAAUCAAUUGAAGAAGAAGAAGAUCCUGAAACUGUGUUGCAAAAUCUAAAGGAGGCCGAAAAAAAAUACAACAUAAAGAUUGAUGCAGUUGAGGAUCUUGAGAGGAGUAUAAAGUCGUUCUCGGAACCACCUGAUGAGAGCAACCCAAAACGCAAAGAGCUCAAACUGGGCGCUUAUAUGUUAGAUGAUUUGAAUAAACAACUGGCACAAACUCAAGGUCCAAAUGAAGUGAGACGAAUCCCUGUGCCUGUGUUGGAAAGAAUUGAUGCUGACGUUAGCGAAACAUCUGCGUCAUUUGACGGUAAUUCUAGUGCCAUAGAACUGGACCAAAUGGAAGUAGAUGAUGAUCGAGAUGAAAUCGAGGUGGACAAUAUGGAGGUUGAAUCUGCGGAACAAGUUCAUAACAAGUCCUCUGAAUAUUUUAGCGGCAACAUAAAACCUCACGAGAGUAGUGUUCGAUCAGUUGUUGGUGUUUCUGAAAAGGAGUUUGACGGGGAUAGAGGACAAUUAGACGACUUCAUGGAAGAAUCACGCACAUCUGGACAAGGUAGAGAAGAAACGUCUCUACUAAACCCAAAUAACUCUUCCCAUACAGCAACCGAGCAUAUUGUUUCUGAAGAACCUGAGUUACAGGAUAUUGACACGCCGAUACUUGACACUGUACAUGAAUCAAGUUUUAUGACCAACGACAAUGAACCUACAACGGCAUUGGAUGAAGAUGAGGGGGUAUUUGGUGGAGACGAGCUCAACAGAGAUGAGUUUGAGAAAGAGGAAUCUCAUAACGACAUUCCAAUAGUGGAGACAACAAGCUCCGACGUAUCCGACCUGGCUGGGCUUGCUAAUGAAAAUGAUGAGGUCAUUAGCAUCAGCAGUGGUCCUGAUAGUGAAUACGAGGAAGUUACCGUGACAAGCACUGGCUCUGAUGUGCAAGAAGGUGAAGUCAACGUAAUUAGUACUGAUAGUAAUAGCGACGAAGAGGACCUUACUGUCAUUCAUAUUAAUUCAAGUGAUGAGGAGAAAGGCGAAGAAGUGAGAAACACAGAUGAAAAUGAGAUCAUUUAUGAGUCUGCUAGCUCGGGACAGCAUAUAGAGGAUCCAAGCACAAAGGAAACUACCACCACCACCAACGUACAGCUUGAAACAGGUUCAUUACGUCAUAGUGAAACUGACGAAGUAGUAUCGACUAGUAAUGCUCUUAUUGAGUCCAGUGAAAACGAGGAAACAGAGCUUCAACAACGUCAUUACGAGUUUGAGUCAACCAAUAGAGAUGCUUACAGCGAUCUCGUUCAAGACGUUUUAGAUCUAGCUCAUCAAUUAGCUGAAAACGGGGAUCAUGAAGAUGGUAUUCAAAAUGAAUCGUUUUCUGUGCUGGCUACACCGAAUGAUCUGCGUGUUAAGAGCGCAAGAGAAGGCUACUCGCGUGGAGUGCUGAAGAAAGAAAUCUCGCAUGCAUCAGCUGAGACCAAACUUAGUCCUUCAGAGAUCCGCAAGAGAUUACUUUCGAUUUUCCCCAAUAUUGGGCCAUUAACAAGUCUGGUUAGUGCGACUCAUACAGAAGUACCUGAACCAGUAAUCCGGGACUCGUCGAUGACUCAUGAUGAUGAAGGAGAUCAUGGAGCCAGAUCUACUGAAGUCUCAGUGGGAGAGAAAGCCCAAGGGGAAGAGUCUCGCGUGGAAUCUUCGGAUUCCGACCAACACCAAAAUCUGCGUAUUGCAGUCGUUGAUAAUCAAUUGCUCCCGACAGCCACUACCGAAGGCGUGGAGCGUUUCUUGCAAGAUGUAUAUCGCGGGGAAUAUUCUCGUAUAAGACAUUUGUUUGAGGAGGCUCCCUACUAUGAAAGCGCCCAUCGAGACCAAACAGAGAUGGUGGAAGGGGAAAUUAAAGACAAUCCAAGCCAAGAUGUAGCUGAAAAAGAGCUCCUUCCUGGAUAUAGUCUGAACGAUGGCUUUAUUAACGAUGCUUCCAAUGUUGAUGAAACUGAUGAGGAACUAGUUCACGAGGAUGACUCAUACAAUGAGGAGCGGGACAGUGAAUAUCCACCCAAUGACAAAAACGUUAAAGGAGUAUUACAAGCAGCUAGCGGAUUUUUCGAAGAGAUGGACACAGGUGAGGCUUCAGCGCUGCAAAGUGAUGAAGAAACUAGCCAAGGUGUUGAAACCAUCAAAUCUUUGGCCAAUGCUGUUUCUGAUUUUGUUGAAAUGGUUGAUGAAGGUGGGUCAGACUCGCAUGACAGUGAUAGCAUCGAUGAAGUUGGCAAUGAGAACGAGAGCACAUCUUCUUUCAGAAGCGAGCAAAACAAUAUAGCUGAAGCGGCAACCCAAUUUGUUGAACAAAUGGAUGAAGGUGAAACUUUGGAAGAAGCAAGCGCAUUGGGUGAGGAGAAACAUGGUACUGUCUCGGACAAGAGAACCCCCAAUGCCGUUAAGUUUGCCGAUUUUGCUUCUAAGAGAUUGCAUUCAUUUGCGGAGGUAGUUGAAAGCCUUCACAGUUCAGUUGAACUGCAUGGACUGUCAGAGAAUGAAGACGAUGGAGAAUUGAUUACAAGUAUCAAUGUCGAAAUUUCACACGUACGUCCUUCAACAAGAAGAAGGAAAAGGAGAAAGAGUAUAAGGCAUCGUUUGCAAGCCAAUAGACCCUCUCUGGUGUUGCCUAUAGUGGAGCCAGAGAUUGCAGUGUUACCUGUGCCUGUGUCUGUGCCUGUGCCUGUGUCUGUGUCUGUGCCUGUGCCUGUGUCUGUGCCUGUGCCUUUGCCCGUGCCCACGCCACCAUUGGAGCCAGUUGUCGAGAAAGACAUAAUUGAAGAGGAAUCUACCUUCGAUUCAAGAUACAGUAGCCCAAGCAUGGAGAGUAAAAGUGAGUUACCCGAUGCAUAUCAAGAUGUGGUGAAACAUGGGGUUGAUGUCAAUGAUGCCAAUUCCGUGGUUACCUCCGCCCACGUAAGUGAACUACCAGACGAGCCAACAACUGGUCACGUCUCAGAUGAAAUACAAGCGACAUUGGAGACUAUCACUCGUAUGGACACCACACAACCAUCACUUGAGUUUACGGAAAUCACUGCCCUGCCAAUACAUCGACGCAACCCAUCAAAACGAAAGGCACGUUCACGGAGGCGGAGAAUACUAGGUUUGGACUUGAGUGAAAUCGAGCGGUUCGAGCCUAUGAACGUUUUUGAGGAACAACAUGUUAAUGAAACUGGGGAGAACGAGUCAGACUCUAGGGGCAGGAAAAGAGUGGCAUCAAAUGAUUUGUUGCGUCAAUCAUCGUUUACCACUAUGGAUCAUCCUGCGUCUCGUACAAGAUCAAAGUCGCCUUUGAAAAAAAAACGAAAAAAUUGA